AUGCGUUCACAGAAGGUGAAUUGGUUCUUUCUGGCUCUUUCAAUCAGUGAUCUCAUCGUCUUAAUCGCAGCAUUUUUCGUCUUUUCGGCGCCUGUUAUCGCCGAAGAUUCGGGCAUUUUUGCACUGGUUAAUGCAUCACCACAACUGCUCGUCUUCUUCUAUCCAUUCGCACACAUCGCUCACACCACUGCCGUUUACCUGACAGUGCUCGUGUCGGUGCAUCGCUAUUUGGGUGUUUGUCAUCCGUUUUUGGUUAGUACGUAG